AUGUGGUUAAGCUACAAUCUUGCGCUGGUUUCAAUUCUGCUGGGGCGCUUAGUGGUAGCAUUCGAGCUGCUAGAUAUCGACUCUGCCUCCCCCUUAGCUUAUCAAGAGACAUCGUUUCAAAAGCUACCGAUUGUUCCUAAAUUUAGCAGAAAUGAUACCGUCCCCCGCCGGUGUGUAUUUGCCUGUACUUACCUUUCCAAGGUAUACCCAGGCACAGUUGCAUUUCCAGGAAACAGGACCUACAGUGAGUUCCAGGAGAGCUUUUGGUCACAGCAGCAGUCGAAAUUUCAGCCAACGUGUAUUUUCCGGCCUCAAAUCACCAAACAAGUGUCGUUCGCCACGUUCGUAAAUACCGAGGUCAACUGCACAUUUGCUGUGAGGAGUGGGGGAUAUUCUGCGUUCCCAGGGGCUGCCAAUAUCCAGGAUGGUAUGACUCUUGAUCUGCGUUCGAUCAACGAAAUCACAAUAUCUCCGGAUAAGAAGACGGCGGUGUUGGGUACAGGGAAUACGUGGUAUGAUGUCUAUAAAAAGCUGGAAGUACAAAAUCUCACCGCGGUUGGUGGAAGUACCGCAGGUGAAGGCGUCGGUGGCCAGAUACUUGGAGGCGGUAUUUCUUCUCUGUCCAAUCUAUAUGGAUGGGCUUGCGACAAUGUUAGAAACUAUGAGAUUGUGGGUGCUCAUGGUGGAAUUCUCAAUAUCGACGCUAAGCAGCCGGGGAUGUUCUUCGCACUGCGUGGAGGAGGAAAUAACUUUGCAAUCGUAACCAGGUUCACUGUAAACGUAUACCCUCAAAAGCAAAUGUGGCACGGACUACACGUAUUCGACAUGGAUAAAACACAAGACGUUCUCGCUGCAUAUGUGAACAUUGCGAGGAACUCAACCAAAGACCCACCCAGCAGUAACAGUUUUACAACCUUUUCCGUCACUAAUGACAGUGAGACAAUUAGCAUUGGCCUUGAAAAUGCGGAUGGAAUCCCGUAUCCGCCGAUAUUUGACGAGAUGAAGACCAUACCCUCUCUAUUUGAGAGUUCGUUGGUUCAAUACAUGUCCGAGAUCUCAAAAAGAUUGGCAAAUGAAACCCCAUCAGGGCUUCGAAAUACCCACUGGACAUACACUUUUCGACUGGACUUUGAGCUUGCGGAGUUUGUCGUGGACACAUUUCUUGCGACGACUCAAUCGCUCAAAUAUAUCAGGAACAUAAAAGCCGACUGCAUUUUCCAAACCAUCACCGAAUCGAUGCUGUCGCUCAUGAAGGGUAAUACAUUUGGGCUUCCAGCCGAAGGCGGACCGUAUGCCGUUCUCCUCCUCUCUGCAUCCUGGUCUAACGAGAUUGACGACAUGACAAUCUAUCAGGCCUUCUCCAUCAUGUUAGAGACGAUCAGGGAAGAAGCCAAAGAAUCCGGCCUCCAUGUCGACUAUCUUUUUAUGAACUAUGCCAGCCAGUUUCAGGACGUGAUCUCUAGUUAUGGGCCUGAAAUUGUUCAGCGGCUGCGGGAGGCGUCGUUGUACGAUGAUCCCGAGCAGAUUCUUCAGAAACUGCAGCCGGGAUACUUUAAGAUGAAUGGCAGUGCGCCGGCAGAGUUGCGAAAUGAUAGUGCAUGA